CCGGAGAGAAAAGACGAAAGCUCCUUUUUCUUGUCCCAAGCAGCCUUCGCCCGCUCGCCGCGAUGAGGACCGUCUCCGCGCUGGUCCUGACAGCAGCCCUGCUUCAUCUGGCCACGCUACGGGAGACUAAUGGAGAGCAGACUUCCAAAGGACCCUGCCGACCUGGCUUCUCACAAACUUUCUACUCCGUGCUCAUUUCCAGGGAUGUAGUGCGAGGCCAGAAUAUGUUGAAAGAUACCACAGUGUCAUCGCAAAAAGUGAAGUUUGAUGACUGCAUGGGGAACGACGGCGUGGUCUUCGAGAGCACCGACCCCAGCUUCAGCGUGCGACCGGACGGGUCCGUCUUCGCCAAGCGAUAUCGAGCCACUCUGGAAGAACCGGUCCAGUUCAAACUCACCGCUAGUGGUCCGCACACACACGUGUGGGAGACGGUUGUCCAGCUAGCCCUGACUGACCCGCUGACGUCUCAACAGAAAACCAAUGAGGUCACAGAAGACGAGGGAAAAGUUGUAGAGAGGAAAGAGAUGAAGGAGACGUUCCAAGCCCCGCCGACUGUCAUCAUGUUCCCAGGCCUUCGCCCGGCUGGCUCCAAGGGCCUGCGGAGACAGAAGAGGGACUGGGUGAUUCCACCAAUCAACGUGCCCGAAAAUUCAAGAGGACCCUUUCCGCAGAUGCUCGUCAGCAUCCGUUCAGACCAGGACAGGGACAUCUCGAUCCGCUACAGUAUCACCGGGAUGGGAGCAGACCAGCCACCGAAUGAAGUGUUUAGCAUCGACCCCGUGGCUGGCAAGAUGUUUGUCACCAAACCUCUUGAUCGAGAGCAACGCUCCUCAUAUCAUCUGCGAGCCCAUGCCGUGGACAUGAACGGGAACCAGGUCGAGAACCCUAUCGACCUGUACAUAUACGUCAUCGACAUGAAUGACAACAGGCCUGAGUUCAAAAACCAGGUCUACAACGGUUCUGUGGAUGAGGGAUCCAAGCCAGGCACAUAUGUGAUGCACCUGUCGGCGUUUGAUGCUGAUGACAACACCACGGCCAACGGCAUGGUACGCUACCGAAUCCUGUCCCAGACGCCGCACAGCCCCAUUCCCAACAUGUUCACCAUCAACAGCGAGACCGGAGACAUCGUGACUGUGGCGGCAGGCCUGGACCGUGAGAAAGUGUCCCAGUAUACCAUCAUUGUGCAGGCCACGGACAUGGAGGGAAACCUGAACUUUGGCCUCUCCAACACGGCCACCGCCAUCAUCACAGUCACUGACAUCAAUGACAACCCUCCCAUGCUCACCUCCAGAACGUUUUCCGGUGAAGUCCCAGAGAACCGGGUGGAUAUAGCGGUCGCCAAUCUGACAGUGAUAGACGCCGACCAGCCUCACUCUCCCAACUGGAACGCCAUCUACAGGAUCAUCAGCGGAGACCCUGCCGGUCACUUCGCCAUCCGCACGGACCCUGUUUCCAAUGAUGGCAUCGUAACGGUGGUGAAGCCAGUGGAUUUCGAGAUGAACCGUGCCUUCAUGCUGACGGUGGUGGUAUCCAACCAGGCCCACCUGGCCAGUGGGAUCCAAUCCUCACUCCAGUCCACGGCGGGGGUCACCAUCUCUGUCCAGGAUGUCAACGAGCCUCCCUACUUUCCCACCAACCCAAAACAUAUUCGAUUUGAGGAGGGCGUCCCUGCAGGCACCACCCUGACGACCUUCUCAGCCUCUGACCCUGACCGGCUACAGAUGCAACAGAUCAUCAGGUAUUCCAAACUGAAUGACCCCGCCGACUGGCUGUCCAUCAACAGAACAAACGGCCAGAUAGUGACCACAGCCACCCUGGACCGAGAGUCUAUCUAUGUCAAAAAUAACAUCUAUGAAGCUACGUUCCUGGCAACAGACAAUGGUGGCCCUGCAGCCAGUGGCACAGGCACACUGCAGAUCUAUCUGAUAGAUAUUAAUGACAAUCCCCCGGCGCUGGUGCCCAGGGAGGCUCAGAUCUGUGAGCGUCCGAACAGGAACACCAACAACGUCAACAUCACAGCCGCCGAUGCAGAUACGGACCCCAACGCCGGGCCCUUUGUUUUCGAGCUCUCAAAGUUCCCCCUAAGCAUCCGACGUAACUGGACCAUAUCACGAAUCAACGGUGACUACGCCCGCCUGGGCCUGCGGUACCAGGUGUACCUGGAGCCGGGGGUCUACGAAGUCCCUGUAAUAGUGUCGGAUUCGGGUAACCCCCCGUUGUCCAACACGUCGACCAUCAAAGUGAAGGUGUGUCCCUGCGAUGAGAACGGAGACUGCACCACCCUCGGGGCAGUGGCAGCCGCUGGGCUGGGCACCGGAGCCAUCAUCUCCAUCCUCAUCUGCAUCAUCAUACUGCUGAGCAUGGUGCUGUUGUUUGUGGUGUGGAUGAAGCGCAGAGAGAAGGAGAGGCAGACCAAACAGCUUCUCAUCGACCCCGAGGAUGACGUCAGAGAUAACAUCCUUAAGUAUGACGAGGAAGGUGGAGGAGAGGAGGACCAGGACUACGACCUGAGCCAGCUGCAGCAGCCCGACUCUCUGGAGCACAUCAUCAGUAAGCCCCCUGGUGUCCGAAGGGUGGACGAACGCCCCAUCAUUCCUGAGUCUCAGUAUCCCAUCCGGCCUGUCGUGCCCCACCCUGGAGACAUAGGGGACUUCAUCCAUGAGGGUCUACGAGCGGCAGACAAUGACCCAACGGCCCCGCCCUACGACUCCCUGCUGGUGUUUGACUACGAAGGCAGUGGGUCCACGGCCGGCUCUGUCAGCUCCCUCAACUCCUCCAGCACAGGGGACCAGGACUAUGAUUACCUCAACGACUGGGGCCCCCGCUUCAAGAAGCUGGCCGACAUGUAUGGCGGAGGAAAUGAUGAUUAAACACAUCCAAUCACUUGUGCAAACACAGACACUCUCUUUCUCUUUCUCUUUCUCUCACACACACACACACACAGACACACACACACACAUACAGACAAACACACUCACACCCUCGUAAACCGUCAGCUGGCCUGCCAUGCUCUGUCCCUCCAACACAUAAGGGGCCAAAUGCCCUCUCUGAACAUACGCAAUGUUGUUGCAGAUAUACACACGCUGACGGACUGACUGACUGACCGACUGACCGACCGACCGACCAACCAAUCAAAUUACCUGCCACAGUUGGACCGCGCCGUGAGUCAGUUUUGGGUGCUGCUCUAAACCGUCUCCUGCCCCUAAAACUGUCUGAGACUGAAACUGAAGCUCUGAGCUGCAGGCUUCUAUUUGUAUGAAUUUCUGAGUUGUUGUUUUGUUUUGUGUGUAUUUUUUUUUCAAUUGCUUUGGUUUUUUUCUUUAUAUGUUUUAUGCUAGGUGUAGGUGUCAGUUACCUUUGUCUGAUUUCGGUUUUGCCUUAGUUUGUUUAGGCUUAUGUUGUCCUCAUCUCCCUUCGACGCGAGUUGUUUCAUGUUCUUGAGGGUUCACUUCUCCCUCGCUGUCGGCCCCGCCUGUCCCUCUGCAGAGGCUGUAGGCUCAGCUGCUUGCUUAGUCCAAGGGGAAGAAAAGAAAAUCACAAAAAGAAGACAAAAAUUAAAAGUCCUUCCUGCAUGGAAGGCCCAGGCUUAUUCUGUCUUGAACUUGAAUUAUUUAGAACAGAAGCACUGUUGUUUAAGAAGUGCCUUCAGUGGUGCGUAUUAGCAGACUCCCGCUAUCUCAGGAUUGGUUGCCAUUUUCUGGGCAUAUGUGCCCGCCAUAUGACCCCUGACCCUUUAACCCAGACACUCCCCUUAUCAUUUUUUUUUUUGUAUCCUGCAGGGCUGUGGUAGCUCCGGGAGAUGUUAGUGUUGGUUUUAGAGGAGAUGUGAGCGACGUCGUUGGCAUAUGAGGGUGCUUUAUGUAGACCUGCUGCACUUCGGCCUAUAGUGUGUCUUUGUAAGUGAUGGACAAGUCAUUUUUUUUUCUCACAUCAGUCAACUUGAUUGUGAUUACCGAUAUCAUAAAAACACGCUACACGACUGUGUUGGAAAAAGACGAAGCAUCGCGUGUACUUUGGUUCAUUGUGGCUUUGAUAGCAGCAACGUUUCUUCUGAGCUCUUGUUGUUUGCACCUACAACUUAAUAAGGUUUGUUGCUCAAUUUUGACCGAUCAUCAUGUGUGUCAGCUCUGCAGUGGUAUAUGAAGUACGUGUGAGGGUUAUUUAAGGAGACGUCUUUCCUAAGAUAAACUGGGGUCUUGCAUGUUUAUCCCCCCCACCCACCCAAAGCUAAUCCACAUAGCACCAAUUAUUGUGUGGUAGAUGUGUCGAAGAAGUCUAUGUAAACUGUACAAAGGUGACGAAAAUAUAUCUUUUGAAAUGCUGACGCCGAAAAAAUUGCGAAAUCAUGUGAGCCCUAUUUGGUACCUGUAUUCUGUUUUGUUUUGGGGUUUUUUUUUCCACCUUUCUUGUCUGGUUUUGUAGUUUUUGUAUUGUCUUUUUAGUUUAUUGGGGUUUGUUUUUUUGUUAUUUUGGGUUACCACAAACCGCUGAUAUACAGUCUUUUGUGCUGGCCUUCAUCGUAAAGUACCAGGACGAGCUGCACCUCGGCCAGGGAUUUAGCACCGUCGCAGUCUGUCUCUCCCCUGACGCUUUAUUCAUCUGAAACCGUGGGGCUGUACGUGCAGGAGGUUUUGAGGAAGUUAAGGGAAGGAAAAAGUCUUGUUAGAAAGUUUUUUUUUCCGAAAUGAGGAGAUAUAUCUGCACUUUAUCAAAGCAGAGUUACAUAACCGAUGCUCCAGUGAUAGCACUUGUAAUCACAAAAGACAACAUUGUGUUCUUUUAUAAUAGAAAAGAAAGAAGAGAGGAAACUACCCAAAGGCAAAUUUGAAUACUGUAACUAAAGCCUCACCCUUCAUGACGCCGUGAAUUAUUUAGACAUACAAAAUAUUCCAGGAGGGGACCUUGGAAAUCCUGGUCAGUGACAGAACAACUUAAUCAUCUCUUAUCUUCAAAACUCCUGUUGAAAUGCUUCUUAAACAUGAUCCAACGGCAACCCGGCCAGUGUUCCCGGUGUCACGGGAAUGUCAAGUCUACCAGAAGCUUUUCAACUCAGUGUUGGAAUCACCGCCGUAUCUCUGCUUUUCUUCUUUCUUUCUUUUUUUUUCCAUUAGAUUUAAUAAGGUUUGGCUAGAGAUGUGUGUUUAAUCUAGCCUCCGAAUCCUCUAUUAAUUAAGAUGAUGAAUCCAUGGGAGGUGGUCUCUUUGAUGAGUGAGCCUCCACAAAGUCUUUAAUACGUUUCGAUGAGGAGGACUCUCUAUUCUGCUCAUCAUCUACCCCAAGAUUAUUUCAUUUGAUCUUCACCGAGAGUGAGUCCCUUUCUCUUAGGCCCUGUUCACAUAGGGAUCUUUGGGCUCGACAAGCAAGGUUAUUAACAAGAGUCACUGUUCUGGAUCCGUAAACAAACAAACACACCCACACACACAUACACAGAUAUUUAGAAGACUGAACACCGAGAAAACUCGGGAAGCAGUCAUCCCUCUAUUUACAAUGCAGUCAGUAAGUUUGUAAUACAGCAAUAUUUGCUCUGAACAUAAAUCUCACAUUUCAAAUAUUACGCAGUGAUCUCCAUUGUCAUCAAAUAUGGAGGCAGCCCUUCAUGUUUUGUUUAUUUCUGCUGAGAGAAGCUGGAGAGCACAAGUGUGCUUCACUGGCAGGGAAUUGCACCAAAAGAAAUAUAUAUAUCUGCACAUAAACUUAGAAAGAAUUUCAUCUCAUCACGUCUCCAACUUGAACCACGAAUUUCCUCCAUCAUUUUGAAGGUUAAAUGAAAGACACUCCAGGAGCGUUCUGCAGUUAAUUACUGGGCAUCAGCUACCAGUUGUCAACUCCUGUUCCCGUCCAUACGUGUAAAGCCAAGCUCAUUAACGUAGGAACGAAGGAACCGGAGUCAACUGCAGCUGUCACUACCUGUUUCAAGCACGACCAAGGAACUUCCAGCUGUCGCUCCCAUUUAUAGCCAGGCUGAGUUUGAACUUGACCGGGUUAAAAACCGAAACGGGGAGCAUCGGCGUCUGUUCCGUUGCCUACCAACACGGGGAUCGCCGGAUCGAAUCCCUGUGUUAUCUCCGGCUUGGUCGGGCGUCUCUACAGACACAAUUGGCCGUGUCUGUGGGUGGGAAGCCGAAUGUGGGUGUGUGU